AAAAAAAAACCCGCGGAGAAUUCCAAAAUUUCGCGAACCCCGGCGCGGCGGAUGGCCGACGAUCUCGCCGGACCGUGCUGAUCUCCGGCGGCGGCGGCGGCGGUAAGGGGGGGAGGAGGAGGAGGGAUGGAGAUGGACUUCGAGUCGAUGAAGCGGCGGGAGCUGCAGGCGCUCUGCAAGCGCCACGGCCUCUCCGCCGGCGGCUCCAACGCCGCCCUCGUCGCCCGCCUCGCCGCGACCCUCUCGGGUGCCGCGACGGAGGAGAAGGCGGUCGGGGUGGUGGUGGGGAAGGGAUGCAUGAAGCGGUCGGGCGGCGGUAGCGAGGGUUUUGGUGCGGCCAAGACGGUGACAUUUGCUUUGGAGGAAGAGGAGGAGGUGAUGGAAACAAGGGGGAGGGGGAGGAGGGGACGGAGGCCCCGGGUGAUGUGGUCGCCAGUUGCCGCGAAGACAAGGGGGAGGCAGAAGGCCGGGGAGGUGGUUACUGAUUCAGAAGCAGGAAGUGGAGGAGGGGGGAAGCAACGCAGGGGUGCUCGUGUUGGUGGUGAUGCUGCUGCUGAAGGAGAGCCUGCCGCAGAAGCCCCACGGAGGCGGUCUAGGAGAAAUGCGGUGAAUUCGAGUGAUGCUGAUGGUGCUGAAGGAGAUGGGGCGAAGGAAGGAGAAGCAGUUGACAACAAGCGGAAGCAGAGGCAGAAGCAGAAGCAGGUGGCUGGGGAUGUUGGUGAGGAGAUUACUGUCAGUGUGCAGGAUGGAGUUUCUGUUAGAAGCACGAGGUCGAGUUGUCUCCUGACGGCGGUCACUGUCGUGCAGUCUCCUGUUGUUGAGAAGAAGAGAGGGAGGAAGAGGAAAGGAGAUGUGAAUGAGCAGAUUUGUCUUGAGGUUCAGGAACAUUGUGCUGAAGUUCAAGAUGAUGGCAGAAAGCUCAGGUCAGGGUCGACAAGUGUCACUACGGUGUCACCUCCUGUUGUUGACUGCAGGAGAAGCAGGAGGAAGGCAGAGGAUCCUAUUGUGGAGAAGGCUGCUAAGGUGAAUGUAUCUACCAGAAGCACAAGAUCAAGUUCAGUUGUAACUGAUAUCGCGUCACCCAUUGUCCUCGAGAACAAAAGACAGAAGAAAGAACAUAUUCACUUGGAUGUUGAGCCUCCAACAGUUCCAGUGGUGCAAGCAAAUGUGGCUCCUAGUACCAGAUCUUUGAGGAAUAGGGUUGUUCAGGUUAAAGACAAUGUGAUGAUGGAGACCGAGGUCUGCAAGAAGCUGGAAAAUAAGAGUCUGUCCUGUCGACCAUCUACUCAGUAUCAAACUUCUGCUUUUGUUGAGGAAGAAGAUGAGCAAAUGGUUCAUGAUCCCAGUAUUGGCCCAAAAUUGAGGCGGUCGAGCAGACGACAAUCUGUGGCUAAUGAAUUGUUGUUAAUUAAUUCAAUUUCAGAAAGCAACAAUGUGAGUAGAGCACAGACAGAUGCCAAGGGCCUGAAAACAGCCCAGCCAUUGAUGCACAAUGCUGCUAAGACUAGCAUGAAAAAUGUUGUGGUCAGGAAAGAUGAGAACGCUGGUUUGACAAAGAGGAAAACAGGAAGGGGCAGGGAUAAGAUAGCUAAAAGUGUUGGCAAAGUUUCACUCUCCGAGAGCAGUGGUGAAGCUUUACCUACAGAAAUGCAGCAAGAAGUAAUUGAGCCUUUGAAAAGAUCUAGGCGGAAAUCUGUUGUUUCUACCUUGCUUGAGGAAGGAACCAAGUGUAUGCAUGGAAGUGUUAGAGGAGAUGUCCUGGUGAAGCAACCAACAGAAAAUAGACCUGUUAGGCGAUCAACUCGGAAAUCUGUUGUCUCCGCUAUGCUUGACAAAGAGAGUAAUGGACUAACUACAGAAAUGAUGCCUGAAGCACAUAUUAGGAGAUCAAAGCGUAAAUCUUUUCUUCCUAAUAUGCUCAAUGAUGAGAAGAUGGAUGACUGUGAGAUGGUCAGGGAUGAGGAACAUAAGCACUCUAAGGGCAACGAUCCUGGGAAGAAACUAGCAAUAAAGGAACCUGCUAGAAGGACAACACGAAAAUCUGUUGUGCCAAUAAUGUUUGACAGAGAGACAAAGGGUCUUGCAGCAGAAACGAAUCCUGAAGUACAUGUCAGGAGAUCAACGCGGAAAUCUGUUGUUCCAAAUAUGCCCAAUAGUGAGAACAAGUACCAUGAUGAAUUGGUCAGAACUGUUGUAGGUGUAGCUGUGGCGAAACAGCUGGAAGCAAAGAAACCUGUUAGAAGUAAUGGGGGUGGCUUUAAAUUGGGAAAACGGAGAAGAACUUCAAUGGAAAUGUCAUGUUCAUCCGGUAAUAAUACAAAAGUUUCUGACAGGCAAAAAUCCAGGAAGCAACAGAAGGUACAAACUCCAGCUUCAGAAGGACCUUGUGCAAAGGAGAGUACGACAGAUGCUUUGCAAGAAAUUAUCUCUUUCGAAGAGUCAAAUGCUGAUGCUGAUGAUAUGGUUGUUAGGGAAUCAACACAGGAUGGAAAUGAAGGUUGUCAUGAAUAUUGCAAUGAUUCCAGUGCCAGCACCCAAGAAGUUAAUCGGGAUAAUGCCACUGUAGAAGAGACUCACAGAGAGCAGUGGGUGAAUUCAGAAGUACAUGGGUCAGAUUCUAGUGAUACUGCACAUGAAUAUGUUGACCUUAGAACUGAAAGUAUUAUCCAUUUAUCUGGAAUAAGUUCCGAGGAGUUGGGCCAAUCAUCAAGUAUCACAGAACUAGUUUCACGUGCUGGUAUUUCAUCAGAGAACAAAGUAUUGCUGGAUGAUGCUGAGGCUGAUUUGGGUGCUGCUGUCGCACAAACUUUGAAUGCCAAUUCCAAUGAAGAGGUUUUGGAAGAUUUAGAUAAUCCAGCAGCUAUUGCAGAAGAACUUAGUUCUGCCACUGCUUUACCCCUUUUAGAUGCUGAAGAUCACACAGAUAAAAAUGAGAUCAUUACUUUACCAGAGCAACUCCUUGGGGCCUUGUCUAAACUCUCGAGUGUCGAUCAGUUACCGCCUUGUACUAGUGAUGCUGAUGCACUAGUUAUUGUAAAUGACUCCAAUGCUUGUAAUAUUGCGAACUGGACUGCUGUGAAGGGUACCGAUGACAUUCAAAAUGUGGAUAUUGCUUUGUCUGGUGAUGGCAUUGUAGCUUCUAAAUCAAUGACUGUUGCAGAAGUUCUAUCGUGCGCUGUGGCUACUGUCUUGGAGCAUGGCACUCUGGCUGAGCACGACUUUGAGAGGACUUGCAUGAAGAAUGGUGAUGCUUCUCUAUCUUUAUUUGAUUCUGGUUCACCUGGAAAUGAAACAGAUAAUGGUUCAUUCAAAGCUCUUGAGUUCGAAUUAAAUUAUUUACCUACUGUGAAUGAUGAGAGAGGAAAACAAGCUGAAGAAGCCUUUGGAUCAGAUGUAAAUUAUCAUCAGUGCAGUAAUGGAUAUAAAGAAGCUGAUAAAUGUCCAGAAGUCCACAGUGAUGCUGCUUCUGAAAAAAGCAAUCAAGGUGAUGAUUUGUGCAAAAACCUCAGCACUGUUAAGGGAGAGAGUCCACUGGCCUCAAAUUUUCAUGUAGAGGAUGCUGCUGAGCACGGAAGUAUGCUUCAAAUUGAAAUUAAUGCUGAGCGAGGCUCUUCAGAUGGAAUGGACUCCUCAUAUGGUCUGAAGUCUCUCUUUGCAGAAGAGGGUAAUCAACAACACUAUAUGAUAGAUGAUGGGAAUAUUGCUGCAGAAGUUGACAGUGGAAACAAGUUGUCAGACGAAAGGCAUUCUUCACUUGGUCUGAAGUCUCUCUUUGCAGAAGAGGGCAAUCAACAACACAAUUUGAUAGAUGUUCAGCAUAUUGCUGCAAAAGUUGAUAGUGGAAGCAAGUCGUCAGAUGUAAGGCAUUCUUCAUUUGGUCUGAAGUCUCUCUUUGCAGAAGAGGGUAAUCAACAAUGCAAUUUGGUAGAUGAUGAGAAUAUUGCUGUAAAAGUUAACAGCGGAAGCAAUUCGUCAGAUGGAAGGCAUUCUUCAUUUGGUCUGAAUUCUCUCUUUGUAGAAGAGAGUAAUCAACAAUGCAAUUUUAUACAUGAUGAGAAUAUUGCUGUAAAAGUUGACAGUGGAAACAAGUCCAUUGGCUUCAAAACUUCUACUUUCUACACGAGAGUGGAUUGUGAUCUGGAAGAUGCUGCUGCACAACUUAUUGGAGAAGGUGACAAUGCACUUGAUGUGGAGCAAGGUGUUGCUUAUGAUAAAAUUAUGCUGUCACCCUUGAAUGACAUUGGUGCCUGCUCAUCAUAUGGAAGAAAUCCCUCGAUUGGGCAAAGAUCACUUUAUGCACAAGAGCGCGGAGGAAGUAAUGUAACAAAUGGUGCAUUUGUUGCUGCUGAAACUGAUGGCAAAAAAGAUUUAGAUAACAUAAUUGUGGGCCUUCAUAUGGAAUCAGAUGGUAUCCAUACAGAAAUGGAUGUGGGGCUUGUUUCAGAUAGCCCUGAAAAUAAGCUAGCUCUGGAACCAGUUCAGCAGGGUGAUGCAGAAGAAGGUAAAUUUGAGAAGCCUUCGCCAGGUUCAGCAAUACCAGAUUGUAAACAUCAACAAGCUUUAGUCAACGAAGUAGUAAUGCACUCAGUGGAGAAUAAGAGAGGCUCACCCACUGCUGAACAAUCAUCAUCUAGUCCACAGUCCAUGUCUUUGCAAGAAAGCAUGGAUGAAACUAUGGGAUAUGUUUCACUUGCUUUUGCAGGAGUGCAUUCAGAAAACGGAGUUGAUGAAUCAAAUAUUGAUGACCAAACUCCUGUACUAGAACCAGUUGAAGAUCAUGGCGCUCACGUAGAUUCUAUUUUAGUUACUAAAAGUGGAGAGGGUAAUGGAAAUGAAGAGUCAUCAAAGGCAAGCUGCGAAGAGCAGGUUGAAUGUGGUCAGUUAGGUUUAUUCAAGGAUGCAAAUUGCACGGAGACGACUAAUUGUCAGGGAAUUGGUUAUGAGGGUGAAGUCUGCAAUCGUGUACAUUCUACUGAUAUUAGUACUCUCUGUGAAAAAUCAGAUGAUAAUGGAUCUUCUAAGGAUGCUAAGGGUAAUAGUGAUGCUCUUCUGAGCAGCUCAGUGAUAGUCCCUGCCAAUGACAAUGAUGUACAUGUCAGUUCUAACAUAUCCCAGCUAGAAUCAACUGAUUGCUUGGAUGAACCAACAUUGUUUUUCAAUAUGGGAGUGCAUCUGGGCCCCAAUGAGAAAUGCAAUAAGCGCAUGGAAGACCAAGUUCCUUCAGGAGUCAGUACAAUUGAUAUUUCUGUACCUGCCACUGCUAAUGGUUUAGAAAGUGGAUUGACAUUGCUCCCUGCUAAUGAAACAUUGAAUUUGCAAGAUGACCAGCAUAACUCUGAGCUAGAGAGCACACAAGUUGGCCAAUCUGGCAUUAGCUGUGCUGAAAAAAGUACUAACAUUUUGGAGUUAGGGACUGUGAAUGUUGUUGAUAAAGGAAAUCCAUGUGACCAUAGUUUACCACAAGAUUGUCCUAUGGAUCAUUACCAGCAACAUGAGGGUUUGAAUGACAUUCCAGUGGACAAAUCUCUCGAAGCAUCUGAUAUGUACUUAGGGAACAGUGUUUUUAGAAUCGAGGGUAUAAUUGAGAAGCCAGCCAUCAAUUUAGCAACUCCAGAUUGUAAACUUCAAGGAACUUUAUUGGAGUUUUCGCUGAAGAAUGGUGCUGAAACACCAAAUUCCAAGCACUCGCCUUUUGGUCUACAGUCGCUGUUCUCAGAGGAAAACAUGGAUGGGUCCAGACAACAGGACAAUGCUGGCUUUCCAUGUGCUGAAAACAAAGUGGAUGAAUCAAAUAGUUCACAUGGUAAAUGCCGAGUUGAAAAACCUGUUUCUGCAGAACCUGUUCGAUGCGAAGGUUCCCAUGAAAAUUUAGGGAUCGUCAAAGAGAUCGGCAGUUGUGUUUCGUCAUGCCAGCAAGUUAAUGAGCAAGAAGAGUUUUCGGAGGCCAGCCACAAAAAAAGAUGGGUUGCGCCUAUCCAGUUAGAUUUAGCAGAUGAUGUGAAUCAGACAGAAAGGGAGAUUAUUUCUUCCGAGUUGGUUUGUGAGAAGGAAGAGAAAAUAGAGGUCAUGUCUUCAGAUAUUGAUACCCCCGUCAGGGAAUCACAUGGCAGUGAACUUUCUACACAUGCUUCUCCUUUUAGUAGACCUCAGAUUUGCGAUCCUCGAAGCAGCCAAAUUUUUGAUGAUGCACAUCCAAGUUCUAACCCUUCACAGUUGGAAUUACCAGAUGUGUUCCAUCAUGAUCAUGAAGUGCUAUGCAGUGAACGCAAUGAUCAAAUCCUCCCAGGCAUCCCUUCAAGUCCCUUUUCUGAAGCUGUAUCAAUUAAAUUUUCAGAAAAUGAAACAAUGUUGCUAGAAGCUGCAGAAACGUCAGAAUUGCUAGAUGAAAAGCUUAACCCUCAGCCAGGAUGUGAUGAACUUGCAGAGCACGACCUUAGCGGCUUUAAAGACACCGAGGACUCUUCAGAUACUGAAUUUAUGAGGUAUAGUAUAUUCCGUUUUCCUGCAGAUGGUCAGAUAGAUUCUUGCCAGGAAAUGGAACUUCCAAAUGACCAAUCUGCUACCAAGGCUCGUGAAGAAUCUGCCUUUUCUGAGGGCGAGAGUGUUGUAGGAUCUUGUGAAACAAAUGAGCAGAGGUGUCAAGUGGACUGUAAAGAAGAAAACGAGCACAAGGCAGAUCAAGUGACGCCAUGCAUUCCAACAUUUGACUUGAGUGGAGCUGCAUCAACUAAGGGAUCAGAAGGUGGAAUUACUCUGUUGCCAGAUGCAAAAUUGUCAGUGUUUACAGCCGUGCAGCUUAACUCUAAGCUGGAUGGAGAGCACAACCUUAGCGGUGGUAAAGACACUGGGAACAUUUUUGAUAACAGAUCUGUGGAUGACAGUUACCAUGAGCAGGAGCUUCUCAAUGACCUUUCUGCUCCAAAAUCUCUAGUAGAACCUUGCAGUGCCUGUAUGGAUUCAUGCAAUGGGCAGGCGAUUCUAGAAGAUAUGCCUGGACCCAAAUCUCCUGAAGAUUACCAGGAUGACAGCGUUUCAGGAUCAGUAGGUGACAUGUUUGAACCUUCACCAACUGAAAGAGCCGAACAGGAAACUACGCUGGUGUCUCCUGCAGAAAUGUUGGUAUUUAAAUUCGGGCAGCAUAAUAACCCUAACCUGGUGAGCGUUGGAGGACACAACGAUAGCUGUGAUGAAGACACUGCUGACAUGUUUAGUACUGAACCUGUGGCGAGUAAUAAUCAACAUGAGCAGGAGCUUCCAAAUGACGUAUCUGCUCCCGUAUCUCUCAAGGAAUCUGCAAUUUGUCAGGAAGACAUCAGUGUUCAUACCGAAUCUUGCCCUGGAAAGUCGCUUCCAGUUCCAGAAGAUAUAUCUGCACCUAAAUCUCCUGAAGAGCGUGCCAUUCAUCAGGAUGACAGCGUUCCAAGAUCAGCAGUUUUGUGCCAAACUAGCGGGCGAAGGCGCAUAGAUGAAAUCAGCACCAAGCUUCUGAGCUUCAAAAUUUCCAGCACUGUUAAACCAAGCCACAUUGCUAUGAACGCCCCUAGCACGAAGCAAGUCGACAACCUGAGUGAAUCUGCAAUUGCCCUUCUCAGGAACAGGGAGAACACGCUUGCCAUCAAAACAGACCGGCCUGUGAAGCCGAACCCUGAUCGCUCUGUCGCGAAGAACUCAUCAAGGCGACCGCUGCAGCCGAUUGGCAGAAGGCCUGAGGGCCACUGAGGCAGCAACCGAUGGUACAUUGCUGUUCUUGGUAAGCAUUUAGGUUCAACGUCGAGUUGAAGAAUAGGAGCAUAUAUAUAUCUGACAACAGAUAGGAAAUGUAACACGAUAUGGUGUUUGUUUCCACUGUGUGUGCUACUCUGCUGUGCAGUGACGAAGUGGCCGUGUGUGUUUUGGCUGUUUUAUUGUUCCAAGAAGGAACUGACUCAGAAAUCAUCCGCAUGAUGAUCUUUUUCCUUCUUUCUAGACUCAAUCAUUGACGUGGUGUUGGGUUUUUCUUAUGUACUCUAAUUCAAGUAUUUCGAACAGAAUGGUAUUUAUGGAUUGUGGCUGUGUGGUGCAAGCAUUCCUUUGUUUGUUA